GACGCAGCCGCAGUUGACAUUUCAAACUCACGUCUCUCCCACUCUGAUUAUAAUAUUCGAUCUUCCUUUCUCGAUCUUCGAUUCUUCAAUCCUACGUCGUUGUAGAUUUACUUCCAAAAUCAAUCCCGAUCACUCUGUUCUUUUUGAACUUUUCAUCACUUUAACCUCAAGAAAUCUACAUCGCUUUUACUCGAUUUUAAUAUCUCACAUUGUUUGUCGAUCGCAGCAGCAGAACAACAUCAACACCAAUCAGGCAUGUCGUUGGAGUUAGAAGAAGAAGAGUCAUUCGAGCACACGUUACUAGUGGUUCGAGAAGUUUCUGUUUUCAAAAUCCCGCCGCGUUCCACUAGCGGCGGUUACAAAUGCGGGGAGUGGCUUCAGUCGGACAAGAUCUGGUCUGGCAGGCUUCGUGUUGUUUCCUGUAAGGACCGGUGUGAGAUCCGAUUGGAAGAUCCGAAUUCCGGCGAUUUGUUUGCGGCUUGUUUUGUUUAUCCUGGCCAGAGGGAGAGCGCUGUGGAGUCGGUGCUCGAUUCGUCGAGGUAUUUUGUUUUGAAAAUCGAGGAUGGCACGGGGAAACACGCAUUUAUAGGGUUAGGGUUUACAGAGAGGAACGAGGCGUUUGAUUUCAAUGUGGCGUUGUCGGAUCAUGAGAAGUAUGUGAAGAGGGAGAUUGAGAAGGAUGCCGAUGAAGCCAGCGACGAGAGUCAUAUCAAUAUCCAUCCUGCUGUAAAUCACAGAUUGAAGGAGGGUGAAACAAUUCGGAUCACUGUAAAAAACAAACCUGCAAGUGGAGCGGGGAUGCUUUCAUCUGCGGGAUUAUCGGAAAAGAUUAAGCCACUCAGCCUUGCUCCUCCACCUGAGAAGGUUAAGUCUAAGCCUCUAAGCCUUGCUCCUCCACCUGUUGCCUCCGGGAAAAUUAGGUCUCCAAUCCCACCUCCACCCAAUGAUCCUGCUGCUGUUCGGAUGACUUCUACAACUCAUAAUGUUGCUGCAAGGAAUUCUACAGAUGCUUUCACAGAUUUUUCUCAGCUGGAGAGGAAUCUUCCUUCAAGUGGUGGAUCUGGAUCAACAACUCAAAGCAAAAGCAAAAGCAGUGCAGCUGGAUGGGCAGCAUUUUGAUUGUAUCAGAUGAGGUGUAAUACUUGGAUGAUAUCUUUUCUUCUGUUAUGUUAAUGAUGAGGAAAGCAAGCAGAAUAGAUGACAUGAUACAACAGAAGGUAGCAAUCAAUAUACAGUGACAGUCCAUUAUUGGAAAUAAUUGUAAUUGUCUGGAAUAUAUAUUCGUGACCUUGUAUUUCAUAAUUAUAUGUUACAAUUAUCUGCCAACAUUAGUCCAAUUUCACUCUGACGUUAAGAUAUUGUCUUCCCAUUGUUUCCUUCACGGUGAGUCUGUUGUUGCC